AUGACGGGAGGAAUGUAUUCACCAAACGGGUCAUCUCGCUAUGAGGGAAGGAAUGGCGGGAGAGACUCUUGUGGCCACCUGCUGCAGAGGCGACGAUCGUUUGUGUGUGCCCCCAACCCACCCACUCAGCCCCAACUCACCCACUCAGCCCCAAACCCACCUACUCAGCCCCACUCCAAUCUCACUCAGCCCCACUCCACGCCCACUCAGCCCCUACUCCACGCCCACUCAGCCCCAACUCCACGCCCACUCAGCCCCCACUCCACGCCCAAUCAGCCACCAACCCACUCACUCAGCCCCCACUCCACGCCCACUCAGCUCCCACUCCACGCCCACUUAGACCCCAUUCCAAGCCAACUCAUCUCAACCCAAUUCCCAGCCCACUCAGCCCCAACUCGCCCAAUCAGCCCCAACCCACUCACUCAGCCCCCACUCCCCCACCUAUUUAGACUCCACUCCAAGCCAACUCAGCCCCCAAUUCCUAGCCCACUCACUCAGCCCCACUCCCCGAUCCCACUCAAUCCCCACUCCAAAGCAAACUCAGCCCCCACUCCCUGCUCACUCAACCUCCACUCCAGCCCACUCAUUCCCCACUUCCCGCCCACAAAAGUACGCCCUUCCGUGUCAAUUCUAGAUAGCGGGGGUCAGUGCCGCCCAUCCCGCCCUCAUGAGUAA